CAGCUCCCCGAGGUGCAGCUCCCCACAGUCCCCGAGAUGAAGCUCCCCGAGGUGAAGCUCCCGAAGGUGCCCGAGAUGGCCGUGCCCGACGUGCAGCUCCCCGAAGUGCAGCUCCCCAAAGUCCCCGAGAUGAAGCUCCCGAAGAUGCCCGAGAUGGCCGUGCCCGACGUGCGGCUCCCCGAUGUGCAGCUGCCGAAGGUCUCGGAGAUGAAGCUCCCCAAGGUGCCCGAGAUGGCCGUGCCCGACGUCCACCUCCCCGAGGUGCAGCUGCCAAAGGUCUCGGAGAUGAAAGUCCCUGACUUGAAGCUCCCCGAGAUGAAACUGCCGGAGAUAAAACUCCCCAAGGUGCCCGAGAUGGCCGUGCCCGACGUCCACCUCCCAGAGGUGCAGCUGCCGAAGGUCUCGGAGAUGCGGCUGCCGGAAAUGCAGGUGCCCAAGGUCCCAGAGGUGCAUCUUCCGAAGGCGCCCGAGGUGAAGCUGCCCAAGGCUCCAGAGGUGCAGCUAAAAGCAGAGCGGGCAGAGGGGAUGGAAUUUGGCUUCAAGAUGCCCAAGAUGACCAUGCCUAAGCUAGGGAGGGCAGAGUCCCCAUCGCGAGGCAAGCCAGGCGAGGCAGGGGCUGAGGUCUCCGGGAAGCUGGUGACACUUCCCUGUCUGCAGCCGGAGGUGGGUCCCGAGGCUCGUGUGGGUGUCCCCUCUCUCACACUGCCCUCCGUGGAGCUAGACCUGCCACGGGCCCUCAGCCUGGAGGGGCAGGUCCCAGCAGCCGAAGUGGGCAAGGUGGAGCGGGCAGAGGGCCGUGGGGCGGCCGCAGGGGUCGGGGAAGCGGCCUUCCGGAUGCCCUCUGUUGAGAUCGUCACUCCGCAGUUGCCCAUGGUGGAAGUCGAGGAAGGGCGGCUAGAGGUGAUGGAGAUGAAAGUCAAGCCCUCCUCCAAGUUCUCCCUGCCCAAGUUUGGACUCUCGGGGCCCAAAGUGGCCAAGGCAGAGGCUGAGGGGCCUGGGCGAGCCACCAAGCUGAAGGUGUCCAAGUUCGCCAUCUCACUGCCCAAGGCCCGAGCGGGGACUGAAGCUGAGUCCAAAGGGGCAGGGGAGGCAGGCCUGCUGCCCGCCCUCGAUCUGUCCAUCCCACAGCUCAGCCUGGAUGCCCAUCUGCCCACAGGCAAGGUGGAGGUGGCGGGGGCUGAUGUCAAGGUCAAGGGGCCCAGGUUUGGCCUGCCCAAGUUUGGGGUCAGAGGCCGGGACGCUGAGGCGGGAGAACUAGCGCCAGGGGUGGCUGAGCUGGAGGGCAAGGGCUGGGGUUGGGAUGGGAAGGUGAAGAUCCCCAAGCUGAAGAUGCCCUCCUUUGGGUUGGCUCGAGGGAAGGAAGCUGAAAUCCAGGGUGGACGUGUCAGCCCGGGAGAAAAGCCAGAGUCCGUGGCUGGGCAGCUUAAGAUCCCUGAGGUGGAGCUGGUCACACUGGGGGCCCAGGAGGAAGGGAGGGCUGAGGGGGCGGUGGCUGUCAGUGGGGUACGGCCAUCAGGCCCGCAAGUGUCCGUGACCAGGCCGGCAGGCACUGAGGGCCAGGAGGGGGCGCUGAGGAUGCCCCAGGGCAUCUCCCUGCCCCAGGUAGAGCUGCCUGGCUUCGGGGAGGCCGGCCUGGGCACCACCGCUGGGCAGCAGGUCAAGGGUGCAGCCCCGUCAGCGGAGGGCACAGCAGGCUACAGGGUCCAGGUGCCUCAGGUGACCUUGUCUCUGCCUGGAGCCCAGGUGGCAGGUGGCGAGCUGUUGGUAGGUGAGGGCGUCUUCAAGAUGCCCGCUGUGUCAGUGCCCCAGCUUGAGCUGGACGUGGGGCUGGGCCGAGAGGCGCAGGUGGGGGAGGCAGCCACAGGCGAGGGUGGCUUGCGGCUGAAGAUGCCCACGCUGGGGGCCAGAGCUGAGGCCAGGGAAGGGGGGCCCGGAGACCAGUCCCCGGGGGCCGAGCGCACCUUCCACCUCUCACUGCCCGACGUGGAGCUCUCGCCACCCGCCGUGGGCAGCCAUGCUGAGUACCAGGUGGCCGAGGGCGAUGGGGAGGCCGGACACAAGCUCAAGAUGCGGCUGCCCCGGUUUGGCCUGGUUCGGGCCAAGGAGGGCAUUGAGGAGGGUGAGAAGACCAAGAGCCCCAAACUCAGGCUGCCCCGAGUGGGCUUCAGCCAGAGCGAGGCGGUCACUGGGGAAGGCUCCCCCAGCCCUGAGGAGGAGGAGGAGGAGGGCGGCGGGGACGGGGCCUCUGGGCGCCGAGGCAGAGUCCGGGUCCGCUUGCCCCGCGUAGGCCUGGCCACCCCUUCCAAGGCCUCUCGGGGCCAGGAGGGGGAGGCAGCCCCCAAGUCUCCUGGUGGGGAGAAGUCGCCCAAGUUCCGCUUCCCCCGGGUGUCCCUAAGCCCCAAGGCCCGGAGUGGGAGAGGGGACCAGGAAGAGGGUGGAUUCCGGGUCCGGCUGCCCAGCGUGGGGUUUUCAGAGACAGGGGCUCCGGGCCCUGCCAGGAUGGAGGGGGCUCAGGCUGCAGUUGUCUGAAGCCCCAGGGCAGAGGGAGAGUCCCCUCCCAUCUUCCCAUCCCCGCCUCCUCUUUGUUUUGUGUGUGAGAUAACUAGCACUAACCCUCAGAGGGCCGGGAGGUGGGUGACAGACAGGGACCGGGCCAGGGAGGCCUCAUGUCCGGCUCCCUGGCAGGAGUGCCUGUAUCUUGCCAAGCCAUGUGAAUAAAAUAAUCCAGAGGUA